AGGCAUUUUUGUUUUCAUAUGAUUCUUGUGCCGAUUUAUACGAGGUUUAGAAUUCAAUUGAAAAUUUUCUAAUGCGAAGUGGGGGAAAGCAGAUGCAAAGAGCCGUCGAGCUGGUGAUUGUCUGGAAUAAACAGGUAUUGAAAUAACUUCUUGAUUUAGAAGAUGAGCUCCGUAAAAUUUAUGACAAAUGCUGAGAAAGCUGCUGUAGAAGAGUUGAGAGAGAAAUUUGUUGGAGAUCUGAGCCCUAAAUUGUACGAGAACACUCUUAUGUUUUACCGAUUUCUCAAAGCUCGAGACUUCAAUCUAGAUAAUGCAGAACAUAUGCUAAGAAAGCAUAUUCAAUGGAGAAAAGAGCAAGAUAUUGACAAUAUUUUUACUUACAAGCUUCCAGAAGUGUUAGAAAAAUAUGUACCUGAGAGCAGGUUUGGAUUCGACAAAGAUGGUUGUCCAGCCCGAUACAUUCCUUUGGGAAGAGCAGAUGGCAGAGGUAUCCAAUUAUCAGCAAAAUUCAAUGACAUCAACAAAAUAGCUGUACGUGAAUUAGAAUCUGAUUUACAAAUUUUGGAGGAUCAAUAUAACAGGUUUGGAAAAAUAUUAGGGGGAUGUACUUAUGUGUAUGAUAUGCGAGAGCUUACAUUUGCCAAAGCUACAGACAAAUCCCUCGUCGGACAUUUUGCUUACUUUGUUACAAUUUAUCAAGAUAAUUAUCCUGAAAUGAUGAAAGCUGUAUAUAUCAUUAACCCCCCUAUGAUCUUUUCUAUUCCUUUUGCAAUCAUCAAAGCGUGUUUAACAGGAACUUUACUCAGCAAAAUUUCUAUUUUGUCAAAAGAUGAUUGGAAAGAAGAACUACUCAAACGAUUUGAUGCUGAUCAGUUACCAGCAUUUUUAGGAGGAACUAUGACUGAUCCAGAUGGAAAUCCGAUGUGUUAUACAAUUGUAAGUUUUUUCCUAUUUAUUUACAUUUAUCUUCAUUCAAGAUGCA